AUGUCGGCACGUGCAGCUUUUGGAAGAUGGUGCUGCUCACGUGAGUGGUUCUCUGAUGCCAAAAGCAAAAACUCUGCGACCGCUCUAGCGUCUUCCUUUACCAACGAGUUAAAUUCUGCUGUUGAUAGGUUAUUCCCGUUUAAGGUUAUUAGAAUUCAUAACUCUGACAAACCAUGGAUGACGCCUGCAUUAAAAAACUGAUUUAUCAAAGCCAAAAAGCCUUUCAUUCUGGUAACCUUGACCUCUGGCGUCACUAUAGACUUAAAGUCCGAAACGACAUAGGAGUGAAAAAGCGUGCAUAUUAUACGAACAAGGUACAACACCUAAAAUCCAGUGACUCCAGAAAAUGGUGGGACUGUGUUAACCAGAUGUCCGGGAAAAAAAGAUCUGCAACCAAUAACAUUAAGAUCGUUAAGAAUGGUACCACUCUAUCUGGUAAAGAUCUCGCCCAAUCACUUAACACCUAUUUCUUAAGCGUGAGUAAUGACCUACCACCACUGAAUCCUCUCCUGCUACCUGCCUUUCUCCCUGCACCAAGGCCUGUACCAAAAAUUUUCCCUGACGAAGUUUGCACUAAGAUGCUCAAUACAAAAGUUUUCAAAUCCAGCGGUCCUGACAAUAUUCCUAACCGGAUUAUUAAGGAUUUCGCGUACGAAUUGGCCGAACCUGUAUGUCACAUCUUUAAUACAUCUCUGUCCACUGGUGAAUUCCCUAACAUAUGGAAAGAUGCAUUAAUUACACCAAUUCCUAAAGCGCCAUCCGUAUCCUGUGAGGAGGAGUUGCGCCCAAUCUCCCUUACAGCCUCUUUGUCCAAAAUUCUUGAGGACUUUGUGGUCAAUUGGAUGGUGGAUGACGUGAAACAUAAAAUCAACCCGCAACAAUUUGGUUGCCUUAAAGGAACCUCUACAACGUUUUGCUUGAUCGAUAUGAUCAACAAUUGGCUGAGAACAUUGGAUGAUAAAUCGAGCUAUCUGCGGAUCGUUUUCCUCGAUUUCAGUAAAGCGUUCGACCGCAUCGACCAUAAUAUCCUGGUCCCAAAGUUGCUGGCCCUUGGCGUCAGAUUGUCGCUUAUUCCAUGGAUAUGCAGCUUUCUCUCAAAUCGCCGUCAAUCGGUAAAGAUCGACAAUUUCCAAUCUGAUUGGGGCAUCAAUAACGCAGGUGUCCCUCAAGGAACCAAAUUGGGCCCUAUUUUGUUCAUAAUUAUGAUCAACGAUCUUGAACUGGCAUCCUCUAGCACUGACCAUUGGAAAUACGUGGAUGACGUAACAAUAUCGGAGUCCUUAAAGAAAAAUGAAGUUUCAGUCCUACAAUCUGAUCUUAACACAAUUGAAAGAUGGACUGUUAAUAACAACAUGAAAUUGAACGGAAAGAAAUGCAAAGAAAUGAUAGUGAGUUUCGUCCGUAGCGAGAAUGACAUCCCCCGACUCCUCAUUGAUGGUUUACCUCUAGACUUAGUUCCUUCUUUCAAAAUUUUGGGCUUAACCAUGAACAAUAAAUUGAAAUGGCAAGAUAACACUGAAGCGUUAGUUAAAAAGCCUCAAAACGCUUAUACAUUAUUCGUGUCCUACAGCGCUGUGGUCUUCCCCCCAAUGACCUCUUAUUAGUCUACUUUUCUAUGGUGCGCUCUAUCUUAGAAUAUGCCUGUCCUGUCUGGCACACCAUGUUACCAAAGUGUUUGGGGGAUAAAAUUGAAAAAGUUCAAAAAAGAGCUUUCCGUAUUAUUUAUCCGACAACAGAUUACGAAGAUGCUCUCAACAUCGCUAAAUGCAAGCGCCUUGUCGACAGACGUCAAGAGCUAUGUGCUAAAACAUUCAAAAAGAUCUUAAAACCCGAUGCUCACCUCAACCACCUCUUACCCCCACUCCGUGAAGAAUCGCAUGAACUGGACUUAAGAAACAAUUCUAACUUCACAUUAACUAAAUGCAGAACGGAACGUUUUAAAACUAGUUUUAUACCAGCAAUGACUGCUAAUUUUAAUAGUAAAUAAUUUGUAGUAUUUUAACAACUGUACAUAUACGAUAUAUUUAUAUUUAUAUUAUUUGAUAUUCAUCUUUUAUUAUGUUUCUGUAAGCAUAUUGCAAUUCACCUUCGGGUGCCAAAAUGUGUUUCUUAAUAAACCUUUAAUAAUAAUAAUUGUCCAACUGUAUGUUUUCUCAAUUUCCUAGAUAUACCAGUGAAAGUCGAAAUAAAGUCAACAAAUAUCGUGUGUAUUCCUCAGUUAAAGCGUGGUGCUCAACAACUUUCUGCGGAUGAAAACUCUGACUUGGAAAAACAAGUAAGAUUCUUGCAUGUAUAUGUCCUGCUUCAUACUCCUGGGAUAAUUCAUCAUUUUUCAUACUGGAAUCUUUGAGAUUGUUUAUAUUGAGAUUAUUUCACAUGAAUCUACAAUCCUGCAUGGACAAAAAUAUUAUAGAACUCCCCUUGGUCAAUAAUUCAACUUCAGCUGUGCAGGGGCUGGAUUUAUAGAUACACGUGUUGAAGUAAAUAUAGUUGAUUACCUGAUUUGCUCUCUCUUCCAGGUUGCUGUAUUGCAAGAUAAUUUCUUCAAACAUGUUUAUGGAAAAGCGAAUCAUUCUCCCGUAAGUAAAUCACUUCAGCCGGACGUUUGUGUCUUGUGACGUUUGAGGCCAACUUGUGUCGACCUUGCCCCAAGCUUUUCAUGUAACGAAGAAGAGAAAGGUCUGGAAUUAGCCACACAUGGUUGUUGGGAAAUACUGGUACAUCGUGACGUUAUAGUUCUUUUUUGUUAGAAAUUUGUUUGUUUUGGUUGAAGAAAUUGUUAACGCUGAGGAAAAUUUCCCGCGCAGGGCUUGAACCUGCCUUGUUCCCAGAAACCUGAAACUUCGAAAGUGCUUUAUAGCUUGAUUCUGCCAGUUGAGGUAAAUGGAAAUGUUUUUUGUUGUUGUAGAAACCAGUGUUUAGUGAAAAUAUAAGAAUUAAACAUGAUGACAUUGAUAAAGCUUUAUCCAACAUGGCUCCUUCAGUGACACCUGAGGAAAGACUGAAAUAUGCAUCUAUGUAAGUAUACAAAGUAGCAUAUAUAUUCAUACCUUGCAAGAAACAAUCUUCUGUAUAUCCAAUAGCGAUAGCUGAGGUGAAACAUGCAACGACGAUCAUAAUAUUCAGUAAAGUUGAGACAAAGGAUUUGUGCAUGGUGAGGUGUAUGCAGUUCAACAUCAAACGAAGGUCUUCAUUUUUUUGGCUUUAAAGUUUUCCGGGCUUCCAGACCAUCAUAUCUUGCCAGACUAAUGUACUAUUUACAGCAUAAGCGGCUGUGUUGUACCUUACUCUGACCCUAACGAAUCUACACCCCUCUCCUCCGCAGAGGUUUCCGCUAAUCGUGAGCAAGAGAGGAAAUUAUGCAGGCGCGGAACAAGACCAGGACCAGGGAGGGCGGUAUUGAAAACCUAUAGUUAGUUAGUGAGGUUAAAAAGUAAUCCUGCGCAAAUCAUAUAAUUACAAGGAAGAUGGAAAUAUACAAUAUCAUUAUUACUAAAAUCACUAAACUGGCCACAUCCCGCUAAGAAUUUCAAACGGGGAAAGACGUUUGAUAAACGGGGAAAGACGUUUGAUAAUUCCAAAUUCAAUUUUCGUUCAAUCAUGUGAUCAAAUUGUUUCAUCAUUUUGGUCACAUGACUUCACGGUUUGACAUUGCUAAUUAUUCCCAGUCAACUUCGAAACAACUCAGUAUAUUACAAGAUGGAGAUCAUAUUUUCGCUAAAAGGGAGAUCAUAUUAUAACAUAGAUACUAGAUAGAUUGUUCAUUACGAUUAUGGAACUUUAAAAUGAACAUAAAACGAAUAUUUCAUAUAUUCUGUUGCAUUGACCUUCGUUUGGAUGUUUGUGACCUUGUCUAUGACACAGAGUAGAGACAUACAGAGACGUAACUAGUGUACCCACUUUUUUUGUGCGCAUGGUCGGCAAGUUACUAGAUGCAUGCAUCUGAUUGGAUGACGACCUGAUGACGACUCACUUUAAACUUGCUGAGCACGCGCAGUUGAUCAUUUUUCGCCCGAUCGCCUGAAAAAAAGUGGGUACAUGAUAACGUAAUCUUCCGCAGUGUUUACAACGGUCAGUUACGUCUCUGUAUGUCUUAUCUACUAUCGUGUCUAUGACCUUGUUUACGUUUGAAUAACUUGACUGUUGAGUAACGAAUUUCUGACGUUUAAUUCAAAACUACGCACCUGAUUGGAUAAUAAAAUUAGAAACCCAUAUACAAAAAUAAAUUGAUAACAAAAUCGUGAAGUCAUGUGACCAAAAUGAUGAAACAAUUUGAUCACAUGAUUGAACGAAAAUUGAAUUUGGAAUUAUCAAACGUCUUUCCCCGUUUGAAAUUCUUAGCGGGAUGUGGCCAGUUUAGUGAUUUUAGUAAUAAUGAGCCUUAAAAUAAAAUUUUAAAACUAUUUUUCAAAUAAUAAAACAAGCUAGGUGUUAUUUAAUUUAUUGUUUGAUAAGUGUAUGCAUAAUUCCCUUUAAUGUGUAAAAGUGAAAAAAAGUCAAGGCUUUUAUGUGUUUUUUUCUUCAGCUAUCAAUCUUUCAAGAACUCGAAGAAGCCAGCAGCAGAGAGAAAACCCCAGAUGAUAAAACAACGUGCAACACUGGCAUAG